UGGUUGGUUUGCAAACCGCCGUAAAACAGCAAGAAGAAGAAGAAGAAGAAGAAGAAGAAAAUGGCCCGGGCUAGCUAAGGAACUUUGUACGUGCAUUUAUAUCAUGCAUUGCUCCUAAAGUGCUGGCUAAUCAUCCCCUACCAUGACGGCAGCAAUCCACGAGCUGCUUUCCUCCGUUAUGGGGGUUUUAGUUGAAAGUGUGGUGUCGGAGUUGAGCAGACAUCUCUCUGACUUCACUGUCUUAUCAGAGCAAUUGCUCAGCAAAAAGGGCGGAGCUGUGAACAAAAACAAUCUUAAGCAGGCGAAUCAAGCCAAAACUAAGGAGUUUGCAACAUUCAUGGAGAUGUUGAGUAAAGCAACUGUAGAGACCAUGGUAAAGCUGAUUUAUGAUCGCAUCACAGCUCAAGUUCUGGAAGCUACAGCAAAGUUGCAGCUUUCAAGACAAGACAAGUCAUAUGAUGGUGAAACAGCAUCAUUUGAGCCUGAAAACAGUGUGCCUUUGGAACCUGAAACAAACAAUGUUGAAGUGGAAACAGACCAUCAUGAUGUUGACUCUGGACAUGCAGCAAAUAAUCAGUACCAACAGAUUUCCUUUGCGCAGGCAGUAAUUCUGUUGGGGAGUUCAGGUGAAAGCCAACCUUCUACAAGCACAAAUGUGGCUGCAGAAGAGAGGCAGGAGCCUUUAAUUUGUGACUCCUGUGGAAUAUCUUUCAAUGACAUGGCCUUGUUGGACAUUCACAAUGCUUUACACAAAGAAAGACCUUUUAAUUGUCUAACAUGUGGGAGUACUUUCAAAAUGAUGAAAUGCUUAAUGAAACACCAGAGAUUUCACACAACUCCGGAGUUGAAUAUUGAGUUUGAACAUGAAGAAUUCAUUGUGCAGCUCAAAACAUGUGAUGCUGUCAAUCCAUCCCUGGAAACAAUUGAAGUGACCACUCAACGCGUUCUCCAGAAUAACUACGAAGACGAAUCUUAUGAUGUCUUUGAAACCAGUCAGAAUGGAAACGAAUCACUUGUGCAAGGUUUAAAUAUUAUCAUUGAGAACACCAACAAUCAGCCUAACAUCACCUCCAACACGGAUAUAAUUAAGCAAUCAAAUGAUGGUUUGUUCCAAUGCAAAACCUGCGGGAAGUGUUUUGAACUAAGGUGGAAGUUCAUUAACCAUGUUCGAGCUCACGUUAAACAUUACAAGUGUUCCUACUGUGAUAAGCGUUUUACCAUGAGGAGCUGCCUCAUCAGACAUGUAGCAACACACACUGGGGCUGAGUUAUUCAAAUGUGAUAUAUGUUCCAAGUCAUUCGUAUUUCAGGCCGCUCUGGAGAAGCACAAGCAUCUGCACACAGCAGAGAAGACAGUUACAUGCCUAAACUGUAAGAAGAUUUUUCCUGGCAAGCGUUCAUUCAGUAGACACAGGUGCAGAGCACUGGAAAAGCUCUACAAAUGCCCUGUAUGUGACAAACAGUUCAAAAUUAAACAAAACAUGCUUGAUCACCAAACGCUGCACACUGGAGUGAAGCCGUACUGCUGCGAGAUAUGUGGUGCAUUUUAUAGUUGUGAGCGAUAUCUGAAAAAUCACCAGAAGAGUCACAUUGAGAAAACAUACGAAUUUGGAUGUGAACUCUGCGACAAGCGAUUCAGCGCUCAUAAACAUUUGCAAGCGCAUAUGCUCGUGCAUACGAGGGAAAAGCGAUAUGUGUGUGACAUAUGCAACAAGAAGUUUGCCACCUCUGGAAAUCUCAACAGACACCGAGCAGGUCACACAGGAGUGAAGCUGUAUGGUUGUUCUAUAUGUUUGAAGAGGUACACCACAGCGUAUGCUCUAAAAAUUCACACGCACAAACACACUUCGAGCAAACCGUUUCUUUGUGAUGUUUGUGGAAAGGGAUUUACCAGUUCGGACUACAUGAAAAGGCACAAGCGAAUCAUUCACAUAGGAAGAAGAGAUUGUGUCUGUUCAAUAUGUAAUAAGGCUUUCAUCUUCCCCAGUUCUCUUAAUCAACACAUGCUUGUACAUACAGGAGAGAAGCAUCAUGAAAGACUAGUCAGUCCUUUGCUGAAGAAGUUCAGUUGUGAUCAUUGCCAAAAAAAAUUCUAUUCACAAGCUGCUCUCAUGGUUCACCAAAGGGUUCACACAAAAGAAAAGCCUUACAGUUGUGACAUAUGUGGAAAGAGCUUUGGGUAUGCAAGCAGUAUUCAAAUGCACAUGAGAAUCCAUACGGGGGAGAGACCUUAUGGUUGUGAUGUAUGUGGUAAGACGUUCAAUCAGGCUGUACAUCUGAGGACCCAUCAGAGAGUACACACUGGUAUGAAAUCAUUCAGUUGUGAGAGCUGUGGAAAGACAUUUGUGGAUCUGAGAAACCUGAAACAACAUAAAUGUAAAUACACCAUGUAAAUUCAUCAGUACCAGUUACCUUUUUGCAAAACAAAAGGAUACACUGAACUACAUGUAAUGUAUCAUAUGUUCAGGGCUAUGUGAAAUUGAUAAUGUAAGGCAUAGCAUUGUAAUGUUAAUAGGUAAUGAUCUGUAGAGUCUUUUCUGGAAGAAAAAUUUAAUGAUUUUGUAUGCUUCUGCAUUUUUAAGGUGUAAACAAUUAUAUUUUCAAAGAAAGACUGGAAUCAAUGGUUGUGUGUGAAUGCAAUAAACACCAUGAA